AUGCCACCUAUCCCUAUAUACGCCGACGCACCCAUCAAUCCCUCCGCACCCACUCCCCAAUCCUCCACCUCCUCCACCUCCUCCACCUCUCAAACUCCCUCCGAACCCGCCUCCAAUCCCGCCGCAACCACAACCAUCACACCCCCUCGGACCCGCGUCACCGCCCCAGCCUACAACCCCACCGAUCCCGCACCACCCCAACCCGGCGCCCUUCCCGUCCCCCAUCCCACUGCUCCUCCAACAACCGCCCCCUCUCUUCCCCCACCACCACAACCCUGCGCCAUCCCCUCCGAACUCACCCCUUCCUCGCACCCCGAACCCCCCGCGCCGACCGCCCCUCCCCAACCGCACCAUCCCCUCCCCCCACAAAUGUCCAUUCCCCCCCUACAAGCACCCCUCGCCCCCACGAAAUCCACCAUCCCCUUAACCAGCCACUCCGCGCCGCCGCCGAACCUCGCGAACCCGCCGGGAUAUCAGCAGAAUGUGUACGCGGGGACGCUGAUGGCGGAGACGCAGGGCGGGGGGGGGUUGCCGUCGGGAGGGGGAAAUGAGACGGCGGGAAGUGGUGGAGGGGGAGGAGAGGGGGUGAUGGAGAGGGCCAAGGGAUUGUUGGGGGGGGCGGGAAGGUCGUUGGCGGAGGGGGAGAGGAGGGUUUGGGAGUGGGUGAAUGGGAAGCAGGGGUAG